UGGAGGAAAGUUUGAACCAUUUCCGGGGGGAACUCGAUUAAUAUCCGUUUCCUAGACAGCCGGAAAUUAAUAAGAAAAAAAUUUUACUCUAUUUUUGCAAAUAUUUUUUAUCAAACCCUAUUUUUGGUAAUAAUUUUAGAAAAUAACCCCAAUUUUCCACUUAAUCCUCAAUUUGCAUGUGGUUCUCCAACUUUGUCUGUGUUUACACUUACAGAGGACCAGAGUUGUAUGGUGAAACCCAAUUGAUAGUUAAUGAUAUAAAGCUUUGGAUGUCGCUUUAUCUCCAUGUCCUCACAUCGGAGCUUUCCAAGAGUUUUCAAACCCUUUUACGAACAAAGGAACUGCAUGCUUUUAUUACCAAAGCCCAUCUUGCUUGCGACCCCUUUUACGCAACUAGAAUUGUUAGGCUCUACUCCCUCAAUAGUAGACUCGAUUAUGCCCGCCAUGUGUUCGACAAAUCUCCCAACCGAACUGUCUACCUCUGGAACUCAAUCAUUCGAGCUUACGCAAAAGCAUAUAAAUUCCGGGAUGCAUUGUCUCUGUUCCUCACAAUGUUUGGACAUGAGACUUUGCCUGAUAACUUCACCUAUUCAUGCAUCAUAAGGGCAUGUUCUGACAACUUCCAUGGAGAAUGGCUGAAAUUUGUUCAUGGACGAGUUUUAUUAUCCGGGUUUGGAUUAGAUCCUAUCUGUUGCAGCGCUCUAGUGACUGCAUACUCAAAUCUGGACCUUAUUGAAGAUGCAAGCAAGGUGUUUGAUGGAGUACCUCAUCCAGAUUUGGUUAUGUGGAAUUCAAUCAUUUCUGGUUUUGGGUACUGCGGGUAUUGGAAUCAGGGGCUCCUGUUAUUUUCUAGGAUGAGGAAUCUUGGAGAACAUCCAGAUGGAUACACGGUAGUUGGUGUGGCGUUGUGUAUAGCAGAACCUAGUCUACUGAGCACUGGCAAAUGUAUUCAUGGAUUUUGCCUCAAAUGUAGUUUUGACUCUAAUGAGCACGUAGCAAGUGCACUUGUGAGUAUGUAUUCGAGGUGUAAUUGCAUGGAUUCAGCAUAUUUAGUUUUUAGUAGUUUGUUACAGCCUGAUUUAGUUACAUGGUCUGCUUUAAUAACUGGCUAUUCUCAAGCUGGUGAUUUUAGGAAAGCAUUGUUCUUCUUUCAGAAACUGAAUAUGCAGGGUAAGAAGCCGGAUUCCAUUUUGAUUUCCAGCAUUUUGGCUGCUACUGCUCAAUCAACCAGCACAAGUCAUGGAAUUGAGAUACAUGGCUAUGUUCUACGACAUGGGAUUGAAUCAGACGAGAUGGUAUCCUCUUCUCUCAUAGACAUGUAUUCCAAAUGUGGUUAUUUGAGUUUGGGAAUUCGUGUUUUUCACAUUAUGCCUCAAAAAGGCAUCCUGACAUACAACUCUGUCAUAUGGGGACUUGGUUUGCAUGGGCUUGCAUCAAAUGCAUUGGAAAUGUUUCAGGAGUUGUUGGACAUUUGUUUAGUGCCUAAUGAGUCCACUUUCUCAGCUCUCCUCUGUGCAUGCUGCCAUGUUGGUCUUAACUCUGUUGGCAAGGAGAUUUUCAGAAGGAUGAAAGAUGAGUUUUGCAUCAAAUAUAGAACAGAACAUUAUGUUUACAUUGUAAAACUUCUUGGAAUGACUGGCGAGUUAGAAGAAGCUUACAAUCUUAUUCUGUCCUUACCAGAGCCUGUAGAUUCUGGUAUUUGGGGAGCUCUACUGUCCUGCUGUGAUGCUUGUGGGAACCUUGAACUGGCUGAAGUUGUUGCUCAGCGGCUCAUACAAAACGAACCUGACAAAACUGCUUAUAAAGUAAUGCUCUCUAAUAUUUAUGCUGGAGAAGGGAGAUGGGAUGAUGUGAAGUUGUUAAGGGAUACAAUGACAGAAAAGGAGCGAGCAAAAUUGCCCGGGCUUAGCUGGAUUUGAGAGUUUGAUGUUUAUGAUCAACCCUGCGAGGGCUCGGCUGGGCAGUAUAUUCGGUUGGUCAUCAUGGAUCAUAUUACAAUAAUAUACAGAAGCUAGAGUCAUCAUGUGUCAAUGUUUUUAAAAAAAAUGACAAAUUUGAAAUUAUGCCUGCCAGAUUCCUUGAAAUUAUGGCUGCUUUCUCCUAACCUCGGAGAUGCCACCAGUGUUCUUUCGGCAUUAACUUCAGAUUAUAGAGUGCCUCAAGAAUCACUUGCAUCAUGGCUAGAGCAGGAUCCCACCUCAACGUAACAGCUAAAAUAUGGAGUUCGUCUUUGUUGAUUUCUGGGACAUUAUGUUGCACCUGUGUGAAAUGAAGGCCUAAA